UUCACCGUGCUGUACAGUCUGGAGUGGGGCAAGGAGAAGUCCGAGAGGUGGCUGUCUGCGUACUUCCUCACCUUUCUGGUGGACAUGUUCUUCGUGCAAUCAGCAAAGAUAUUGCUUCUUGCGAUCAUCUUUUCAUCCAUUUUCAAAAGCCACGCCACGAAGACGAUUUUUGAAAUCGAUGGGGCCACUGUUUUCAUACAAGGCAGCACUGUGACGUCACAAAAGCGCUCAGGGUUCGAUAGUGAGUGAUAAUAAAUAAUGGUGACAUUCUUCCGACGCAACCGUUAUCUAUUUUCUACAUUUCAAAUUUCUCACAAGAUCGUGAGAGGCAUGUUAAGUGUACCCUAUUUCUAUUGUAGCCAAAGAUACACAGCAGACGCUAAACUGGGUGUUCCACUUUGUGUAAUUUUCACCUCCUUCCUGCUCACCCAUUCAACUGUAUUUUCUGACAAAGGCGGUGCAUUUCGCGUCCAGAAGAAAAUGGAAAGACUUUCUCAGACGUCCCCUGCGGACGUUAAGGAGGCGCGAAGGAAACGAAACAGAGACAGGAAGAUCGGAGACGUCCUUUGGGGCAUCGCGCGGUUUUGUGUGUUUCUCCUGCUCAUCGUUACAAUCAGCAACGAGCAGCACAACACGACUCCGGCCUUCCAUCAGACACAGAGCGUAGCCGACAGCUUUGUGGACUCUACAGACGAUGUGACAGACCCUCCUGCCCUCUGGUCCUGGCUGGACGAGACCGCACUGCAGAGCUUCUACCCGGAGACUUCCUACAAUGACGACAAGCCCCGCUGGUGGGAGAAGGUCUUCACAGCCGACAUGCAGUCGGUCUUGGUCUUCCCUCCCAGCCUGAUCCAAGCCCGAGUAAAGCCAGGGCUGUGCACAGUAACUGCGACAAUGCAGUACAUGUUCGAUGAAUGUACUGUAGCGUUUGCUGAUACCACAAAGGAGACCGGAGCGUUUCAGAAGGGAUGGAAAAGGGUCACAAACAUGUCGGAGGUGGGAUCAGUUCCCUCUGGAUGGAGCCAUCGCCUCAGCGGUUACACCAUCAAACCCAUCUUUGGUGUGAAAUCGCACUACUGGGGAGACGGCUUCAGUCUGGAGCUGGGAAAAUCAGCAGACGAGAUGCGCAGCAUCCUAGCAGACCUGAAGGCCAAUCAUUGGAUCGACAGGCAGACCAGGGCCGUCAUUUUGGAAGUGUUGCUCUACAAUGGAAACUUAGAUCUGUUCACUUCGGUGACGAUGGUGUUCGAAUUUAGCGAGAUAUCCGGAGUUUUCCGCCAUCGUCACCUGCACACCUUCAGGCUUCGUCAACGGCCGGGGACGAUCGGAUACAUCUACGUCCUGAUGGAAAUCAUUUACGUCAUCAUUCUCCUCUACUCGCUGUGGAAAGAGGCAAAGUCCGCACGCGCAGCCGGCUGGGCCUACCUGAAGGAGCCAUGGAAUAUUGUCGAAGCCUUCAACUUCAUCUUGGCCUUCACUGCCAUUGCCUUGUACGGAUCAAAUAGAGGCUACAGCUCCAAGGCUCUGGCGGCUGUGCGGCAAGGGGAAGAUCAACUCGAAUAUCUGAAAUCGCUGGUGAACAUAAACCUGAUGUACGGAUGGUUCCUGGCUUUCCUCGUCUUUGUCAACAUCAUGAAGUUUCUGCGGCUGCUGAGGUUCAACCCAUUCCUGUCCAAGCUGAUGUCCGUGUUCCGGGGAAUGGCGGUGGAGUUCUCUGCCUUCAUCCUCUACUUCUUCCUCUGCUACUCCGGAUUUGGCAUGGGCACUUAUCUCAUGUUCGGCACCUCCGUAACAGCAUACAGGACCAUCAGCUUGUCCUACUCCACAUUGUUCCAGAUGUCUCUUGGACUCUAUGACUACACGGACCUUUUUGAGGCAAAACCCAUCCUCGGCCCCAUCUUCUUUGUAACAUUCAUGUGCCUGAUCUUCCUGGUUCUGAUGAACAUCGCCGUGGCGAUCAUCGACAGUGCUCUUCCCGAUGUGCGGAACCACGACAUGCCUGAAGAGGACCGGUACUUCAUCCAGGGGUUGUGGGAACGCUUCACGGACUUCUUCGGGCUCCAGCAAGAGCAAGCGAUCGGUAAUGCCAUCUUACUAUAAUGUUGCACCACAAGUAACUAGAAUUU